GCAUUUUUGGAGUGUGGAGGUCUAGGUCAAGCGUAAGCUAACUGGAAGUUAUUGUGAUUUGAGCUUGUUCUUCAUUAAUUUAUAAAUGUCUGGUGGUGCAUAUUUGUUGCAAGAUGUCUGUUAAAUACGGUCGGCCGUAUUCCCUUGUCAGGACAUUUCGUUGUUUGUCUUGUGCUCAACGAACACUUCCAGCUGGAGCACACACUGCUUCUAGCGGAACGUCGGACUCUCCCCAUGCCCUAGCUUCAGCGGCCGUUAUUCACCCUGUCCGGUGUCGAACAUUUUCAUUCGCUGCCAAUUUGGGAGCUUGCCAACAACAACGUCGACAAUCAUUAACUUUAUCACCUUUAUCUGGGAUUCGUCGUAGCUUUUCAGAUAAGGAUGACAAGAAUGUUAGAGCACUGUUCAUCCCUGUUCCUGUAAAAACUUCAAAUAACCCUGAUGACAUAAAUAUUGGCGAAGAACUUGGGGCAAACUUGAAGAACAAGAAAGAUGAUUUAAUGAAGAUUCUCAUCAAGUUUUCCAAAAGGCCUGCCAUUCAGAAGCUUGCAGAAGAGGAAGGAUUGGAUGAUAAUCUUUUUCAUCAAAGCUUUACAAGCUUCAGGAAAUACAUCAUGGAGGUAGAGUCUCUGGAGCCUGAUUUGCAUAUAGUUCUGAGUGAUAUUCUAGUGGGGGCGGGUCAUAUAGAUGACAUCUUCCCGUACUUCAUACGCCACGCCCGUCAGAUCUUCCCCGCUCUGGACUGUAUGGAAGACCUGAAGAAGAUUAGUGACCUUACUGACCCAGCCCAGUGGUAUCCAGAAGCAAGAGCCAUUGAUAGGAAGAUCAUAUUCCAUGCAGGACCUACCAACAGUGGUAAGACAUACCAUGCCUUAGAGAGCUACAGCCAAGCUAAGUCUGGGGUCUACUGUGGCCCGCUCAAGCUGCUAGCCAGUGAGGUGCACAAAAAGACAAAUGAAAGGGGUAUCAUGUGUGACUUAGUGACAGGGGAGGAGAGGAAGUACGCUCAUCCAGACUCAAUACCCUCAUCCCAUGUAGCGUGUACAGUCGAGAUGACAAGCGUCUCUCAACCAUAUGAGGUAGCAGUAAUUGAUGAGAUACAGAUGCUGAGAGAUCCAUCCAGGGGUUGGGCCUGGACAAGAGCUUUACUAGGAGUGAAUGCCAAAGAGAUUCAUCUGUGCGGAGAGCAAGCUGCCAUCGAUCUUGUCAAACAACUCACUCUAUCGACGGGGGAUGAGCUUGAGAUACGAGAAUACAAGCGACUGACACCACUCCAAAUCCUGGAUCAACCAUUAGACAACCUUGAGAAUGUGAAACCAGGUGAUUGCAUCGUUGCGUUCAGUAAGAAUGACUUGUAUUCUAUAAGCAGACAGCUAGAAGCUAUGGGGAAGGAAUGUGCGGUCAUCUAUGGAUCUCUACCCCCAGGUGCCAAACUGAGUCAAGCAGCAAAGUUCAAUGACCCUGAUGAUCCUUGUAAGAUCCUGGUUGCUACUGAUGCUAUUGGUAUGGGGCUCAAUCUGAGUAUCAAGAGAGUAAUCUUUAAGAGUCUCAUCAGACCAUACAUCAACGAGAAAGGAGAGAAAGAGAUGCAUAGACUUACUACUUCACAGGCACUCCAGAUAGCGGGUAGAGCAGGGAGGUUUCGGACUCAGUUUGAGGAGGGGGAAGCUACCACCUUCCAUGGUGAUGAUUUACCCCUCCUCAAAGAGAUUCUAGCCAAUCCUGUGGAGAAGAUAGAAGCUGGAGGUCUCCACCCGACAGCUGAACAGAUUGAACUGUUUGCCUAUCAUCUGCCUGAUGCAACCCUAUCAAAUCUCAUUGAAAUCUUCAUCAAUUUGUCCAUAGUAGAGAAGAAUUACUUUGUAUGUAAUGUGGAUGACUUCAAGUUCUUAGCUGAUAUGAUUCAACACGUUCCCCUUCAUCUACGUGCCAGAUACGUCUUCUGCUGUGCCCCCAUCAACAGGAAACUACCUUUCAUUUGUACUAUGUUCCUCAAGUUUGCCAGGCAGUAUAGUAGGAAUCAACCCAUCACAUUUGACUGGUUCUGUCGUUCUGUUGGAUGGCCUCUUGCAGUCCCUAAGAACAUCCGUGAUCUGAUGCAUCUAGAAGCAGUGCAUGAUGUCAUGGAUCUCUACCUAUGGCUAAGCUAUCGAUUCAUGGACAUGUUUCCCGACACGGCCCUGAUACAGGACGUACAAGCAGAGCUGGAUCAUAUCAUUCAGAUGGGGGUCAUCAACAUCACCAAGCUGAUCAGGGCCAGUGAGACCAGGUCUAACGGAAUGACAGCCAUCCCGGAUCCUGAUAUAGAACAGAAGAAGAGCCAUGGAAAGAUAGGAGAUGUGACUGCCUCAAAGGACAAGUCUGAAGAAGGGACAGAAGACGGCACCAACCGCAGGAAAACAAGAGACACCAAGAAGGAAUAUUUACCUCACCAAAGACACCAACCGUUGGAAGGAGAAGGACCAUCUAGAGAUGACCUAUCUCAGAAGCUUGGUGGACUCUCUGGACGUUUGAGCGAGGAACUGGUCAAGCAAGGUCUACUGUCCAAAGACAUGCUGGAGAAGCUUCAGGUCGAGUGGAAGGAGGCCAGUCUGAAGAGUAGGUUGGACUUUGAUAGGGAUGGUUUCAAUGACGGGAGGAGGAGUGAAGGCACUGGAAGGACCGGUAGUAGCACAAAGAGGAAACAGACUAAACAGAAGAAAUAAGGAAGACAACCAUAGUGCCAUUCUUGAUCUGUGUUAUUGGACUUUAAUUAUGGACAAAUUAUUUACCCUGUAUGCACAAAAUCAUUGGGUUUGAAAUGCACCAACUCAGCGAGUAAGGUAUAUGUAUUUGCAUGCUUGAACGACCAAAUCUUGAUCUCUGAAAGAUUAUACUGCAGUAGCUGUCCAUCUGGUAACUGAGUUCUUAUUAUUUAGAAAAUCCAACCUGUAGAAUUUGUGGUACUAAGUAAGUGCUAGGAAAUAACUUUAAAGGUGAGAUCCAGACAGUGCCAAGUACCUCUCAUUUUGACCAGAAUACAGCCCAAUUUUAAAAUUGAACCCUCCAAAACUGAAUAUAAAUGUAAAGGAGUACACAUCAUGUUUAAAUAGGUACAUGUAAUGACCAAUGGAAUUUGAUGAAACUCACUGAAGUAAGGGUUAUAAUUGUUUAUUAUUUUCAUUUUUUAGUAGAGGCUAUAUCUAUAUUAUGCACCAGCCCACCAUACUUCAAAAAAAAGAUUUUUAUAGCGCUAUUUUAUACACGUGUUCAGUAUUACUGAUGACUACAAAUUUUGAUGCGGAAGGUAACUCAAAUAUUCACUUCUUGAGAAAAAAAAUGUACCGUAUUCCUUUAAUUUUAUGAAUUAUGCUGUUCAGCAAAUUAAUAAAUCAUGCAACUGAUUACCUUGUAUUUUUGCAUGUCAUUCUUGAUUUGUGUUCAAUUAUUUUUUUUAUAAAUCGGAACAGUACUAGGCCAGUAAUAUUAUUUACAGGGUCUUUGCCGAUAUAUCUACUUUAAGGGUCUCAAAAUAGUUUUUUCUCCUUCCAAAUGUCCUUAAAAGGGCAAUCCAAUCCUUGUAAUAAGUUCUUUUGUAUAGAAGUGGGAAAAAAGAUUUAAAAUUGCGCAAAUUAGAAAUAAAUCGGGCCAAUGAUAAGAAAGUUCUGAGUGUCUAAAAUAUGAAAUCACUAAAUCUAUGUGAAACUCAAAUUGACAAUUAGGUCACGGGAUUGUGACGUAUUCAUGGCUAAUUCCUGGUUUGUCAUGUACGAAAAUAUCAUAAAUUUCUGUUUUUCUCCUGAGUGACUUCUCCCUUGGGGCACGUCUCAAAAUAUAUUGUGGGUAACGUAUAUAUUCAAAGGUUCUCUGAAAACAAAAGACCCUCCUAAGUCAUACAUUUUGGAAAAUUGACAUUUUAAUUAUUUUGUGUUGAGAAAGUUGUCUGGCACUUUUCACAGUGACACUGCUGAAUUAAGCCAAUUGGGAGUGCCCACUUGUAUAGUGACUACAACUUUAAAAAAUUCAUAACUUUUUCAUUUAUUGUUUCUGAUUUUGUUCAAACUUUAUCCAAUCUGCUUUCUUUCAAGGUAAUUUAGGUUUGAUUUUCCUCUGAAAAUUCUCUUUUGAAUCGACUACACACAGGGAUAAGUCCCUGUUGUGUUUUUAAAGAGCCUUUUGAUAAUUUCCUUCUUGAAGGAUGCAUUUUAAGCGUAACCCUCUCAAUCCUUGCCAUAGAUAUUGGAUGAGGCCAUGCUACAAAUUUUAGAGGGGAGUUUCAUAGAGAUUACUGUAUUACAGUGCUUAUAUGUGUUUGAUUUUAACUGUACACACUUAAUGACAAGGGCAAUUUCGAAAAAGGCUUUUAAAGGGUACAUUUAAAUAUAAUUUGUGUAUAACGAGAAUGUAUGAAAUACGUUUUUUUUUAAUGUACCUGGUUUUCAUUAGAAUAAAAGUCUGGUAUUAAAA